CGAUCAUCCAUAGACAUUUGCGGGCAGGCACUUGGCCAUGCCCCCUCUUUUCUUAUCGCUUUCCUUUCCUUCUUUCUACUAUGGCAGCAGCGUUCAGACUGUACAAUGACUCCUUCAACCGGAACCCAAGCCGCACCUUAAUGAUAACCAACGGAGUACUCACUGCAUUCGCCGAUACAGUGGCUCAAUAUGCGGAAAUGCUUUUUUCAAAAGAUGACAAUUCAUCGACAGCUCGUCAUUAUGACCCUUUCCGAACGCUGCGCUUUUUUGCCUUCGGAUUUGGGAUGGGGCCAUUAUUGGGUCGUUGGAACAUGUUUUUAGAGCACACAUUUCCUCUGCGCAGUGUCGGAGGGAAGAUUUCAACGGUUAGCAUGUCAUCCCUGGCGAAGAGGGUUAUCUGCGACCAGAUCAUUAUGGCACCUGUCGGACUUGUGAUCUUCACCGGUUCGAUGGGCGUGAUGGAAGGGAAAACUCUGGAACAAAUUAAGAAAAAGUACAAAGACAUGUAUUGGUCUGCGUUGAUCGCCAAUUGGCAGGUUUGGCCAGCCGCCCAACUGAUCAAUUUUCGAUACAUGCCGCUGCCCUAUCGAGUACCAUUCCAGGCAACCCUGGGAGUGUUCUGGUCGUUAUAUCUUUCGCUUCUCAACGCUAGGGCCUCGAAGAACCAAAAUGAAGAAGUUGCCUAUUAGUUGUGUAUGUGCUGAAGUGCUGUAGUGUAUCGUUAGUUUUCUAGAUUAUACGCUCCACCAUUGUCAAUUACGUGGUGGUAUCUUGUCAACGGAACGGCAAUAUUGUCCAACACUCUCAAGCUACAUUAUGGGUGUUAAUCA